AUGCUUAAAACUAAGUUGCAAUGGUGGGUUGAAACUAAUAACAUCCUCCCUGAUUUUCAGACUGGAUUUAGAAAAGGUCAAUCCACCAUAGACAACCUGAUUGGUCUGACCCUAGAGGUCGAGGAGGCUUUCUCUGAGGGUAAAGAAGUUCUUGCUGCUUUCCUAGAUAUCCAAGGCGCAUUUGACAAUGUCAAUGUCGAAAUUCUUUUGGAUAAACUUGCGGCUGUCGGCUGCCCCCUUAUAUUUAUUAAAUUCAUUCAACACUUGACUUGGGAUAGAAUAAUCUGCUCUGAUAUUCUGGGUGAAAAUAUUAGAACGGUAUGCAAGGGCGUCCCUCAAGGAGGGGUCCUCAGCCCUUUAUUAUCCUGCAUUUAUAUUGCGUCUGUCUGUAACCACCUACCGAAAUCUGUUAAAAUUGCUAAUUUUGCCAAUGACAUCGCCUUUUAUUGUCAACGACUUCCUCUCUCGUCUAGUAUCAGAGUCAUUGAAAAAUCUGUCGAAGUAAUCUACCAAAAUCUCGAAGAAAUCGGUCUUGACUUGGCUCCGCUCAAAACUGACUUACUUCACUUUAAUAAGUCGAGAAUUACUCCCGGCGAAACAUCUAUCCAAAUUAGAAACACCACUAUUUACUCCAGCGAAACAGUACUAUUUCUUGGAAUUCUCUUCGACCACAGACUCACGUUCAAACAUCACAUUAAUGCCGUUAUUCAAAAAGCACAAAGGGCUAACAAUAUCAUAAAAUACUUAUGCGGUGUCACGUGGGGAUAUUGCCCUAAUACACUACUCAUUUUCUAUGAAAGCUAUAUACGCUCCAUUUUAGAAUAUGGCUGUUAUGUCUAUUACCCUACGACUACGACACUCAGCCAUGCCAUCGAAAAAGUUCAAUUCUCAUCCAUUAGACUCGCGCUUGGCUACCGUAUGAGCACUCCUAAUAAUAUUCUCUUAUCCGUAUCCAAACUACCUUUCGUUGAAGAGCGCGUCUAUUUCCUAUGCAAAAACUAUAUCAACAAAGUUAUGUGCAAUACUAGUCUUAUUGCUCAUAAAAAUAUCUUAAGGAUUUUCAAAAAAGUCCAACACAAUCAAUGCAAGCUCAAGAAAUCCAGAAGAUUACUCAUAAAGUGUAUUAAAAAUUCUGACUUUACCAACAGCACCAUCUAUACGAACAGCCACUACAACAUUUAUCUAUACAAUUAUGACAUUCCUUUUAACAAUAUCAUAAUUGACACCGAAUUUGGUCCGCAGAUUAGUAAACUUACUGAUCUCAAUGCUCAAAUCAACAAUCGAUUAGCUGAUGGAAAUGCCUACGCUAUUUUCACCGACGGUAGCAAAACACCCGACGGUAUUUCAGUUGGCGCUGCAACUGUAUGUGACAGACUUAAUGUCUCAAUCAUGACAAAACUCGAUAACAGAGAGUCCGUCUUUACGGCGGAAUGCAUUGCUAUUAACGAAGCUGUUAAAAUUGCUCUCAAUCAUACUAAUCAGAAUGUAAUCAUUUUCACUGACUCUCUAAGUGCGCUUUUAUCUCUAAAAACUCUUAAUCUUAUUGUUAAUAUUCAAACCAACGCUUAUAUCUUUGAUAUUCAUAAAUUUCAGCAAAAAAGCCUUAAUAAUAGUUCCAUUCAACUCAUCUGGAUUCCAGCGCACUCAGGAAUUCAGGGCAAUGAAAGCGCCGAUCGCCUUGCCAAAGAAGCAACCUUACUAGCUCCCGACUCCGAUCUGAAAAUUCCUUCUCCUGACCUCAAAAUGUACCUUAAAAAUAAUGCUCGUCUCAAUACACUUAAUAUCAUUUGCGAGGAAGGAACGAUCAAAGGAAAAAUUCUCUUUCAAAACUUUCACAACGACAAAAUCAAGCCCUGGUUCCACAAACUCAAACUCCCAAGAAGUGCUAUAACUACUAUCAACCGUUACAGAUCAGGGCAUUAUAAUCUAAAAGCGUCACUUUAUAAAAUAGGACUAUGUCAGGAUACAACUUGCGAUUGUAACUCUGAAGUUCAAGAUCUUGACCACAUCCUCUGGCAAUGCCCAAAGUACGACAAAGAAAGAAACAUAUUAAUCGACAACCUUAAGCUCUCUAGAAUGUUCCUUCCUUCCUCCAGUAUUGUGAUACUAAGUAAUAUUAACGCCAAAAUUGCUCGACAUCUAUAUUCGUUCUUCAAUGAUUGUAAACUUAUUAUUUAA